CCCUGCAUCCCACCCUCGAGGCCGGAAAUUGAUCGGUUGCCUCUGCGGGCCUGAGAGGUGAGAGCGCUCGCGCCCCUGCCUUGCAAAGUUGGGGUCUUUACUGGCCUCCGGGCUUCUGCUCCUGGCGGUGUCUCCAGGCUGGUGAUGGGCAAGCCAGGUGUGCCAGGUCCAGGAUGCACAUGAGGAGCGUUUGUAGCCAUCACUGAAUCACCUCCUGACUAGUGGGGCAAGCCUCAAAUGAACCGCAGGAUUUCGGCUUUAAGAUUUCUGAGAACUUUGCGUCAGAGAAAUCUUGGAAAAGUUACUGAAGUAUACAGAAGAAGUUCACAAUUUUAAAUGUGCAGGUGGCCCGGGCGCAGUAGAUGACACCUGUAAUCCCAGCACUUUGGGACGCCAAGGAUCUCACUCCAUUGCCCAGGCUGGAGUGCAGUGGCACAAUCACAGCUCACCGCAACCUUGACCUCACAAGGCUCAGACAGGACCUCACUCUAUUGCCCAGGCUAGAGUGUGGUGGCAGGAUCUCAGCUCAUUCAACCUCCAUCUACUGUCUCAAGUGAUCCUCCCAUCUCCGCCUCCUGAGUAGCUGCGACUAUAGGCGUGUGUCACCAUGCCUGGCUAAUUUUCGUAUUUUUUGUAGAGAUGGGAUUCAACAUGUUUCCCAGGCAAUCUGAAGGCAAAUCCUGUUUAGACCCAGGUGAAGGUUCCUGGUGACCCAGGCUCUCACCAGCCGAUUGUCCCUUGCCGUCCUCCUGAGGGUGUCUGGAGCUUCAGUGCUGUGUGCUCUUGGCCUCCACGCUGGGGAUGCCACUGACUCGCACGGUCCAGGGCUUCCAGUGGACUCUCCGAGGCCCUGAUGUAGAAACUUCCCCAUUGGGUGCACCAAGAGCAGCCUCACAUGGUGUGGGCCGACAUCAAGAGCUGCCAGAUCCAACAGUCCCUGACCCCACCUCUUCUGCCACAAACGUCAGCAUGGUGGUAUCUGCCCGCCCUUGGUCAAGUGAGAAGGCAGAGAAGAACAUUCUAGAAAUCAACAAGAAAUCACGCCCCCAGCUGGCAGAGAACAAAGAGCAGUUCAGAAACCUUAAAGAGAAAUUUCUUGUAACUCAAGUGGCGUACUUCCUGGCCAAGGGGCAGAAUAAUUACGAGUAUGAAGACUGCAAAGACCUCAUACAAUCUAUGCUGAGGGAUGAGCGGCUGUUCAAGGAAGAGAAGCUUGCACAGCAGCUCGGACAACCUGAGGAGCUCAGGCAAUAUAAAGUCCUGGUUCACUCUCAGGAACAAGAGCUCACUCAGUUAAGGGAGAAGUUACAGGAAGGGAGAGAUGUCUCCCACUCAUUGAAUCAGCAUCUCCAGGCCCUCCUCACUCCAGAUACGGCAGACAACGCACAGGGAUGGGACCUCCGAGAACAGCUGGCUGAGGGAUGUAGGCUGGCACAGCACCUUGUCCAAAAGCUCAGCCCAGAAAAUGAUGAAGAUGAGGAUGAAGAUGUUAAAGUUGAGGAGGCUGAGAAAGUACAGGAAUUAUGUACCCCCAGGGAGGUGCAGAAGGCUGAAGAAAAGGAAGUCCCUGAGGACUCACUGGAGGAAUGUGUCAUCACUUGUUCAAGUAGCCACGGCCCUUGUGAGUCCAACCAGCCUCACCAGAAAACCAAAAUCAUAUUUGAGGAAGACCAAGUCGACUCAACUCUAGUUGUAGACAGUGAAUCCUCUGAUGAUGAAUGGCAGGAUGCUCGAAACCUUCUCCCAGUCCCUGACCCCACCUCUUCCGCCACAAACGUCAGCAUGGUGGUAUCUGCCCGCCCUUCGUCUGCUGAGAAGUCAGAGUUGAACAUUCUAGAAAUCAACAAGAAAUCGUGCCUCCAGCUGGCAAAGAGCAAAGAGCAGUUCAGAAACCUCAAAGAGAAAUUUCUUGUAACUCAAGUGGCGUACUUCCUGGCCAAGGGGCAGAAUAAUUACGAGUAUGAAGACUGCAAAGACCUCAUAAAAUCUAUGCUGAGGGAUGAGCAGCUGUUCAAGGAAGAGAAGCUUGCAGAGCAGCUCGGGCAAGCUGAGGAGCUCAGGCAAUAUAAAGUCCUGGUUCACUCUCUGGAACGAGAGCUGACUCAGUUAAGGGAGAAGUUACGGGAAGGGAGAGAUGCCUCCCGCUCAUUGAAUCAGCAUCUCCAGGCCCUCCUCACUCCGGAUAAGCCAGACAACUCCCAGGGAUGGGACCUCCGAGAACAGCUGGCUGAGGGAUGUAGGCUGGCACAGCACCUCGUCCAAAAGCUCAGCCCAGAAAAUGAUGAAGAUGAGGAUGAAGAUGUUAAAGUUGAGGAGGCUGAGAAAGUACAGGAAUUAUAUGCCCCCAGGGAGGUGCAGAAGGCUGAAGAAAAGGAAGUCCCUGAGGACUCACUGGAGGAAUGUGUCAUCACUUGUUCAACUAGCCACGGCCCUUGUGAGCCCAACCAGCCUCACCAGAAAACCAAAAUCACAUUUGAGGAAGACCAAGUCGACUCAACUCUAGUUGUAGACAGUGAAUCCUCUGAUGAUGAAUGGCAGGAUGCUCGAAACCUUCUCCCAGUCCCUGACCCCACCUCUUCUACCACAAACGUCAGCAUGGUGGCAUCUGCCCGCCCUUGGUCCACUGAGAAGUCAGAGUUGAACAUUCUAGAAAUCAACAAGAAAUCGCGCCCCCAGCUGGCAGAGAACAAAGAGCAGUUCAGAAACCUCAAAGAGAAAUUUCUUGUAACUCAAGUGGCGUACUUCCUGGCCAAGGGGCAGAAUAAUUACGAGUAUGAAGACUGCAAAGACCUCAUAAAAUCUAUGCUGAGGGAUGAGCAGCUGUUCAAGGAAGAGAAGCUUGCAGAGCAGCUCGGGCAAGCUGAGGAGCUCAGGCAAUAUAAAGUCCUGGUUCACUCUCAGGAACGAGAGCUGACUCAGUUAAGGGAGAAGUUACGGGAAGGGAGAGAUGCCUCCCGCUCAUUGAAUCAGCAUCUCCAGGCCCUCCUCACUCCGGAUAAGCCAGACAACUCCCAGGGAUCGGACCUCCGAGAACAGCUGGCUGAGGGAUGUAGGCUGGCACAGCACCUCGUCCAAAAACUCAGCCCAGAAAAUGACGAAGAUGAGGAUGAAGAUGUUAAAGUUGAGGAGGCUGAGAAAGUACAGGAAUUAUGUGCCCCCAGGGAGGUGCAGAAGGCUGAAGAAAAGGAAGUCCCUGAGGACUCACUGGAGGAAUGUGUCAUCACUUGUUCAACUAGCCACGGCCCUUGUGAGUCCAACCAGCCUCACUGGAACACCAAAAUCACAUUUGAGGAAGACCAAGUCGACUCAACUCUCAUUGACUCAUCCUCUCAUGAUGACUUGUCGGAUGCUGUAUGCAUUAUCCCAGAAAAUGAAAGUGAUCAUGAGGAAGAGGAAGAAAAAGGGCCAGUGUCUCCCAGGAAUCUGCAGGAGUCUGAAGAGGAGGAAGCCCCCCAGGAGUCCUGGGAUGAAGGUGAUUCCACUCUCUCAAUUCCUCCUGACAUGUGUGCCUCAUACCAGUCUGACGGGAGCACCUUUCACUCAGUAGAGGAACAGCAAGUCGGCUUGGCUCUUGACAUAGGCAGACAUUGGUGUGAUCAAGUGAAAAAGGAGGACCAAGAGGCCACAGGUCCCAGGCUCAGCAGGGAGCUGCUGGAUGAGAAAGAGCCUGAAGUCUUGCAGGACUCACUGGAUAGAUUUUAUUCAACUCCUUGUGGGUAUAUGGAACUGCCUGACUUAUGCCAGCUGUACAGAAAUGACUUUUACUCAUUGGAGGAACAACAUCUUGGCUUGGCUCUUGACGUGGACAGAAUUAAAAAGGACCAAGAAGAGGAAGAAGACCAAGGCCCACCAUGCCCCAGGCUCAGCAGAGAGCUGCUGGAGGUAGUAGAGCCUGAGGACUUGCAGGACUCACUAGAUAGAUGUUAUUCGACUCCUUCCAGUUAUCUAGAAAUGCCUGAUCCAUGCCAGCCCUACGGAAGUUCCUUUUACUCACUGGAGGAAGAACAUGUUGGCUUUUCUCUUGACAUGGAUGAAAUUGAAAAGUACCAAGAAGGGGAAGAAGAUCAAAACCCACCAUGCCCCAGGCUCAACGGGGUGCUGAUGGAAGCAGAAGAGCCUGAAGUCUUGCAGGACUCACUGGAUAGAUGUUAUUCGACUCCUUCAACUUACUUUGAACUACAUGCCUCAUUCCAGCACUACAGAAGUGCCUUUUACUCAUUUGAGGAACAGAACGUCAGCUUGGCCCUUGACGUGGAAAAUAGGUUUUUUACUUCGACAGUGAUAAGGCACCAUCUGGCUUUCCAGAUGGGAGUCAUAUUCCCACACUAAGCAGCCCUUCCUAAGCUGAGAGAUGUCAUUGCUGCAGGCAGGACCUAUAGGCACAUGUAGGUUUGAAUGAAACCGUAGUUCCCUUUGGAAGCCCAGACAUAGGAUGGGAAAGUGGGCGUGGCUCUAUUCCUAUUCUCAGACCAUUCCAGUGGCCACCUGUGCCCAUUCUGAAGACAUUGGACCCAAGUUAGGUGUGACACGUUCACAUGACUAUGUAGCACAUGCCGGGAGUGAUCUGCCAGACAUUCUAAUUGGAACCAGAUAUCUCUGGGUAGCUACAAAGUUCCUCAGGUAUUUCAUUUUGCAGGCAUGUCUCUGAGCUUCUAUACCUGCUCAAGGUCAGUGUCAUCUUUGUAUUUAGCUCAUCCAAAGGUGUUACCCUGGUUUCAAUGAACCUACCCCCAUUCUUUGUAUCUUCAGUGUUGGUUUGUUUUAGCUGAUCCAUCUGUAACACAGGAGGGAUCCUUGGCUGAGGAUUGUAUUUCAGAACCACUGACUACUCUUGACAGUUGUUAACCCACUAGGCUCCUUUGAGUAGAGAAGCCACAGUCCCUCAGCCUCCAAUUGAUAUCAAUACUUAGGAAGACCACAGCUAGAUGGACAAACAGCAUUGAGAGGCCUUAGCCCUGCUCCUUUCAAUUCCAUCCUGUAAAGAACAGGAGUCAGGAGCCGCUGGCAAGAGACAGCAUGUCACCCGGGACUCUGCCAGUGCAGAAUGUGAACAAUGCCAUGUUCUUGCAGAAAACGCCUAGCCUGAGUUUCAUAGGAGGUAAUCACCAGACAACUGCAGCAUGUAGAACACUGAGCAGGACAACUGACCUUUCUCCUUCUCACAGUCCACGUCACCACGAAUCACACAACAAAAAGGAGGAGAGAUAUUUUGGGUUCAAAAGAAGUAAAUGAUAAUGUUGCUACAUUUCUUUAGUUAUUUUGAACCCCAAAUAUUUCCUCAUCUUUUUGUUGUUGUCAUUGAUUGUGGUGACAUGGACUUGUUUGUAGAGGAUGGGUCAGCUGUCUGGCUCAAUGGUCUACAUUCUGAAGUUGUCUGAAAAUGUCUUCAUGAUGAAAUUCAGCCUAAACGUUUUGUCAAGAACACUGCAGAGUUAAUACUGUGAGUUUCCAACCUCAGCCCAUCUGUGGGCAGAGAAGGUCUAGUUUGUCCAUCAGCAUUAUCAUGAUAUCAGGACUGGUGACUUGGUUAAGGAGGGAUCUAGGAGAUCUAUCCCUUUUAGAGACACCUUACUUAUAAUGAAGUAUUUGGGAGAGUGGUUUUUAAAAGUAUAAAUGUCCUGUGUUCCAAUGAUCAUCCUCUAAACAUUUUAUCAUUUAUUAAUAAUCCCUGCCUGUGUCUAUUAUUAUAUUCAUAUCUCUACACUGGAAAUUUUCUGUGUCAAGUUUUACUGGGCCUUUGUUUUUGCUAGUGUCUGUUGUUGAAAAAAAAAACAUUCUCUGCCUGAGUUUUAAUUUUUGUCCAAAGUUAUUUUAAUCUAUACAAUUAAAAACUUUUGCCUAUCA